AUGCGAUAUACCAGUGAGGAUUUUGAUUCUCUUCCUCCAGCAGUGAGACGAAAGUUCUUCUCGAAUGUCGAGCGGCUACGGAUGAGACUAGCGCAGGUUGAUCCCAUCUCCCCUACUUUCCAUCACGCCCGAGACCGGGUCAAUGCUCGAAAUGGGCCUGGCUCGCUUCAUCCUAGUGCCCUACGUUCAUCCACAAGGAGUGGAUUGGAUCAACGGUCUCUCCAAAACAUAGCAUCCCCGCAAUUGCAAUCUCCUGGUCUGGCUGAUUCUCAAUGCUUUUACUCUCUCCCCGCCAAAAUUCAACUUCAACUUUUCUCUCCGGAAGAACGUCGUCGUCUUCGUCAAGCUUAUCGCCAUUCUCUCAUUCUGGACGCCGCUGACGAGGCCUUUUAUCGUCGAGAUCAAACAUAUCAUUCUAAGUCUCACUCCCAGUCUCAAUUCAGUGAUUCAAAAGACAGCGGCAGCCUGCCUUCAGAUUCCACCAUCGUGGCCCAACCCACUUCUGUAUUUUAUGAUUCGGAUUCCGAGGAGGACUGGGAUCACGACUCCAUUGCAGACCAAGACCUCAGUAUGGAUCAGUCCUUCUAUGAUAGCUUCCGCUGGCUGGAUGAGGAUGGGGAUCUGGACUUGUCUCUAGAUGAGUACCAUGCUCAUGUGGUAGACUCUUCCGCCAACACCAAAGGCUGGCAUCGUCCCUCCUUUCGUCGAUCCCUUUCAUUUUCUUCUCACCCUCAGAAAAACCGUGUCUCAACAUCUACACCAAUUAUGCAACGGAACCUCCCUACAAGUCAAUCAGUACCACCUCUCACUUCUUCCCGUCCAGUAUCUCGUCACCUCUCAGGUCAUGUUCCACAGUUAUCUACAUCCAGUAUGGAUCCUGGCGCUCAAUACUACCAAGACCCCGAUGCCCGUCUCAAACUGAGGGUAUAUCUGGCGUCUCCACAGAAGUUUGACGAAGCCAUUGAAUUUGGCUUCCCGGCCAUGUACUCUAAGAAAAAUAAGGAAAAUGUCGCGCCAAUAUCGACAUUUUUCAAGUCUAUUAACGUUGAGACGGAUUUUGUCGGGACCUUCUUUGAAGACGAUGAUGGCACGGUGGUCGGUAGCCCCGGUGGUUCAGUGGAAGAAAUUCCAUGCACUUCCCAGUACCGCCAUGAAACGCAACGCCAGCUUACCGACGCUCCAACACUUACUCGAAGACGUCAAUCCUUCUUGCUAGGGUCAAAGGCGGUCCCUCAACUAUUACCGGAUAAUCGUGAGGCGACUUUGAAAAUGACUUUGACCCGACCUGACCUUCGCACUGAAUCUCCCACCCCAUCUCAUCCUUCCCUUGACGAUCCUUUAAAAUUGGCUGAACUACCUCCAGCUGAUCGUCAACAGCACAUCUGGGACUCGAGUCCAGAUGAACAAGGAACCGUGAGGAAGAUGUGGCGUAAGCUACGUCGUUGUGUUUAG